UAUUGCCGGAGGAAAGGUAUAAAAAAAAAGUUGUGGAGUACAGAUGUAUUACUUGCCGAAAAUUGAGACGUUUGAUUCAAAAACGUAAGACGGAGACAACAAAUAAUGAUGCUCGAUGGAUGAAUUUCAAACAUCGCUAUAUUUUACAACGCAGAAAGCUUAAUCGGGUUGUUCACACGGGCUCUUUCAAACACUGUGAAUUUGAAAAAGCGUAAUAUAUUUAUGAAUGUGCUUGAAGUUUAAAACUUAAUACACAAAAAAGGAUCCAAUGUGACUGCAGGAGAAUUAUUAGGUUCAUUAAUGCAGACCAGAGAAUCGUUUAAAGCAUGCAAUGUGAACAAAGAAAGCUGGAGUAAAAAAAUUGAUUCUAUCAUUGAAAAUGCAUCUAGAAAUCUCAGUAGUACAGAAGCGAAUACUGGCGAUGAGCAUACAGGUUCUAAUAAUGCAAGUGACAACAAUAAUAAUAAUAAUAAUAAUAAUAAUAAUAAUAAUAAUAUUAUUAAUGAUGUUAAUGGCUAUAAAAAUGACAUUAUUAAUAAUGAUGAUGAUGAUAAUAAUAAUAAUUAUUAUUGCACAAAUAGUGAUAACGACUAUGAUAAUUUUGAUAACACUAGAAGUGAUUAUGAGGGUGAUGAUAAUAACAAUAAACUGUCUUUGAACUCGGUGGACUCAAGAUAUGAACAUGAUUAUGAUGUUGCUCAAACUAGCAACUAUGUGAUUUCCUACAUUGCGGGAUAUGUAGCCCGUAAAACAGGUCGGUUUUCCAAAUGAUUUGAUUGCACAGAGUCUAUGCAGUCAAGAGUAGUGAAGGCUCGUGACAAAUUUAUAGAAUUGAUGGAUAAAGGUGCGUUGAUUUAUCCUAGUGAACAAUUAUUUAAUUUAAUUAAAAGUUUAGAAGAAGUUGUGUUAAUGGUAGUUGGGACAAAAACAGCUGUCAAUAGUAACAAAACUUCCCGCGUAAGGAUUUAAACGAGUACUUCAUGAAAAGUGGCGCGCUCUACCGACAAAAAAUCUGUCCCCUAAAUAGAGACCAUUCGUUCAACAUUACGUUCGGACUCCUUGUAUCUAUACUUCGUGCACGGAUGUAUUGAUUUUUUUCCUUCUCUUUUCUGCUUAUUCUGUUCAAUAUCGCGAACUUCGAUGGCCAUUGUGAGGCGAGCUGGUUGAGUGUAUUGUAUACAUAUACUUACAUAGUAUAGAGUGUAUUUGUGUUUUCUAUUUACUACCUUACUGUCUUUAAAUUAAAGUUGUAUUCAACAUCAAAUACUUGCAAAUAUUCUUAUUCGAAAGUUGAUUUAAUCUUGAAAAAAUUUAUUAAAAUUUUUCAUAAAUUUUUUUAUUGUUAAAAAGGACGGUGAAAGUUUUAAAAUUGAUAAAUUUUUACUUUUAUAGAUUAAAUUGUAUAUAAGAGCAGCACGGAAGGGUUAUGUUGUUUUCAUUGAUUAACAGGUUGAGUAUACAUGUUAUUAAUUGAAUCAAGAAGUAAUUAAACAUUUGGGAUAUCAUAAUGGACUCUACAUUUCACGGAAACUUUCUUCGGCUGAAUGGUCGAAAACGUUGGGGUGAUUUGACUGAAGACUACAAAAGGAAAAUUCGGAAACUUCACAAUGAUAAUUUACUGCUGGGAGGCUGCCUAUCUCAAGAAACUGCAGAGAAUAUUGACUUUCCAACGAUUUGUGAAUCGCUACAACCUCAGGAACCUACUGUAGCUGCAGAUCUAGAAAAAAUUAACAGUGAUAAUAGUUUUAACAAUGAAAACAAAAGUAUUAACGAUAAUAAUGUUAAAAUUAAUGACAAUUCUAUUGAUGUUGAAUCUUCUGAAGAUAAAGUAAAAAAUGUUUAUAACGUUUCAUUUAACGAAGAAAAUUUUGUGGAAAACUUAGCAAAAUGUUUAGUAGAAAAUAAUAUUAACCAAACGCAAAGCAGGGCUUUACUACGUGUUUUACGCACUCAUCCUUACCUGUUAUUCUUACCUAAGGACCCUCGAGCAUUAAUGAAAACAUCUCGUGAAAAAAUAAUAACAAAGAUUGUGUCGCCGGGUGAAUAUCUCCAUGUUGGUCUAGAAUUUAAACUACAGUCUAUAAUAUCACGGGUACCGACCGAAUCUGUUCCUAAUGAAUUAAUAAUAGACUUCAGCACUGAUAGGGCGGACCUCAACAAAAAAGUUCAUAUUUGGCCUAUUCAAAUUCGUAUAAUCAACUUACCUUGCUACACAAAUCCAGAACAUGUUGGUAUAUAUCAAGGGCCAAGCAAACCGAAUAGUUUUGAAGAAUUUUUUCACGAUUUCAUUCAUGAAGCAGAGAGUAUUAUUGAAAAGGGUGGAAUCAAGUGCAAUAACAAAAUAAUACCAAUUAAAUUUCGUUGUUUUAUUGGGGACGCUCCUGCCCGAGAAUCAGUUCUAGGUCACGUAUCCCAUUUUGCUAAAAAUCCUUGCUCUAAAUGCAAAGUUGAAGGUAUAACGUAUAAGCGAUCGACUCGAUAUCCGGGCAUUAACCAUCUACAUAGAACUGACGAAGAGUACCGAGGAUUAACUGAUGUUGAUCAUCACAAAAAUUUGUCAGCAAUACGGAAAUUACCGAUGAAUUUAGUUGAUCAAGUACCUUUUGAUUACAUGCAUUUAGUAUGCUUGGGUGUACUAAAAAAACUCGUGGAAACAGUAGUAUUUGGAAAAUGUCAAGCAAUUAAGUUGCAAAAAUUUAAAAUAGAUAUCUUAUCUAACCGUUUAACAACAUUACAAACUUAUUGUCCACGCGAAUUUGCGAGAAUUCCGCGAGAAUUGGACAAAUAUCACACGUUUAAAGCUACAGAAUUCCGGCAACUACUGUUGUAUACUUUUCCAGUAGUAUCUCAGGGUAUUCUUCAAACUGAUCACUAUAAUAAUUUUCUGCUUUUACAUGCGUCGAUGCGUGUAUUAUUAAAUGACACUUCAUCGAUCGAAAAUGUGGAUUUUGCUGACGAAGCUUUAAAGAAAUUUGUAAUCGAUGCUGAAAAUCUUUAUGGAUUAGAAUUUCUAUCGUAUAACUCCCAUGGUCUCGUUCAUCUUGUUCGCGAUUACAAACUUUAUGGUUCGUUACAUAAUAUCUCAGCUUUCACAUACGAAAAUAGUAUCAGACUAAGCCGUUCACUAGUUAGAAAAUCCAAUCAACUCCUACAACAAAUCCACAAACAAAGUCUGGAACGUAAUAAUUUCGAGAAAGAUGAUAUUUAUGAUAAAAAUUUAAACAAAUUCAAAGCCUACGAAGUUCAUGAACAUGGUCCAAUAUGUGAUAGUUUAAAAGACAACUCGGUUCAAUAUGUAAAUUUGAAAACACCAACAUUUUUUUAUUCUAUUCAUACUACAGACAAUACUAUUAUUGAUAAUGAUAACAGAAUUGGCGUGAUUCAGAAUAUAAUUUGGCAUAACGAUGAAUAUUUCUUAGCUGUUCGAUAUUUUACAACUGUAAAACCGUUCUACGAAGUACUAGAUCGGCCUUCAACAGAUUUUGGAGUUUACUUAUGUAUUUCGUUACAAGAAACAAUUUCAAUUAUAUUGUUAUGUGAAGUUAAAACUAAAUGCUAUCGUAUGCCAGUGUGGGUGAAGAAAACUUUAACACCGUAUGUUAAUGAUGAGCAAUUGAAUAAUGCUUAUUGUGUAAUAGAAAUGAUUGAAUGA